CAACCUGGCAAUGGAGGUACUGUAUUGGCAAUUGCUGGAGAAGAUUUUUCCAUUGUUGCUUCAGACACUCGAUUGAGUGAAGGGUUUUCAAUUCAUACCCGAGACAGCCCCAAAUGUUAUAAACUUACAGACAAAACAGUCAUUGGCUGCAGUGGUUUCCAUGGAGAUUGUCUUACUCUGAUGAAGAUUAUUGAAGCGAGAUUAAAGAUGUACAAGCACUCCAAUAACAAGGCCAUGACCACCGGGGCAAUUGCUGCAAUGCUUUCUACCAUCCUCUACUCACGGCGCUUCUUCCUGUACUAUGUCUACAACAUCAUCGGUGAACUCGAUGAAGAAGGAAAGGGAGCUGUGUAUAGCUUUGACCCAGUGGGCUCCUACCAGAGAGACUCCUUCAAGGCUUGGGGCUCAGUAAGUGCCAUGCUGCAGCCUCUGCCUCAUCACUACCCAGGAGUCUCUGUGUCUCCCAUGUUUGGGAUCAACUUCAUUGUUUACUUCACAGGGCCAGAAAUGCAAAAGGCAACUCAAAGAUUUGAAUGUGGCUCUAAGCUUUUUUCUGACUGUUGCUUGUCUGCUAUCUCCGUCUACAAAAUCGGUAACCUCUCCAUCACGUCCACCCUUUCCAUGUAUGAUCUCUCUAGGGCAUCUGAUGAGGAGGCAGACAGUUCAGGCCUUGCAAAACCUGCUGAGGAGAGUGUGGUCACAGUUAACACCACACGUGCCACUUCCGGUCACUUCUACUCUUGUGUAGGAGGCUAUACCUCAGCCAGAGUACCCUUGGAGUAA